AGCUCUACCGCGACCCGGAAGUUAAUCUCGAGUCGCUGGCCCGCCUCCUUGAAUUCCAGCUCUUUCCGGGUCAUAGCCUCGCGGGGAGAGCGGUUGCUGUGGAAACCGCGGCCAUGGCGGCACCGGGUCCGGAAAGUAGUCGCACCGCCCAGCGCGAGGAGCCGGCCCGCCCCGCAGAGUCCUCGGACACUGUCCGGAAGCCAGUGCCCAUCGUGUCCGCCGUGUCCCCCGAGCUACCCUUCUCGCCAGGACAGGGCGUGGAGCCUCCGGGCAAGAACCUGUGGGAGCAGAUCUGCGAGGAGUAUGAAGCUGAGCUGCCUCCCUUUCCAGAGGGAUAUAAAGUCAAACAAGAAGCUAUGAUUACUGUUUCACCAUUAGAGGAAAUGGUUCUCCAUGGCUUCAAUACAGAGUACCUUUAUUCAGUUCCUCAUUUGAUCAUGGACUUGCAUUUACCCUGUCCUCAAGUUAAGUUGGAAACAGUCGAUCCAAAAACAUGUUCCCCCAAGGAAUAUUUGGAAACAUUCAUCUUUCCAGUUCUGCUUCCUGGAAUGGCUAGCCUGCUUCACCAAGCAAAGAAAGAAAAAUGUUUUGAGAGAAAAAGAACCAAGUUCAUUGCCUGUGAUUUUCUGACCGAGUGGUUAUACAAUCAAAAUCCAAAGAGGAUAAGGGAGGCUUUCACAGAAUUCUUCUCCAUUCCGUUUGUGGACCAGUGGCUGAAGCAUCAUCCCCGGCCGCCGAUCCCACUCUCCCUCCUGCUGACAGAAGAAGAGGCAGCUCUGUGCAUUCAAUCCUUCUGGAGAGCCUAUCUGCUGUUUCGAUAUUGUGAAUGAAGCUGGUCCUCUGAACACUCUCUGAAGUGUGAUUGGUGAUAAACUGCAUUACCACAUCAAUGGUGCUCUUCUGCCGCUGAAACACUGGAUGUUACAGGGAAUAGAGAAAACUCUGCUCUCUAUUUUAACUAUGAAGUUCAAAUGAGGUUCCCAUGGGCCAUAAGGAUUGAAAUUUCUUUAAUGAUUUAGGAGGCAGAGACCAGAUAAAUCCACUGAAUAUUGAUUCUGUCUAAAUAAGCUUCAGGUGUUUUAUGCUUUCUGCGCAUUUGUUUUAUUUUAUUCUGUCUAACUAGCCUAGACUCCAGGGUGGCAUACAAUCUCCCCUCCUCCCAGGAUCAACGCCCCCUCCAGGCACUGUGACAGCUGACAGUCACAAAGCCCAUCAAUCAUUACUGUUUUUGUUCAUUUGGUGAACAAUACAGUGCAAGGUUGCUCCAGCAGCUCCUUUGUGGCUUUGCAAAAAAAAAAGACUGGCGAUCCCGAUUUCCACCUGCAGAGAACAAUGAGAAUCUGUGCACUUAUACCUUUGUCUACUGUGCAGUGAGCUGGGGUGGAUGAGGCACCCCCAAGGAGAAACAGCUUGUUAUAAACAAAGAGUACAGGUUUAGAGUUGGACAGUCCCUCUCCCCUUGGCUGUAGAGGUGGGUCUCUGCCAGCUCGGCCACUGGAGUAUCACAUCCCUCUGGCUACAGGGAUUAGUUCAUGAUGGGCAAGGGACCUAAAUCAGGCCAGUCAUACCUAGUGAAACCAUCCUGGGAUCUCACAGGAGAUAUUGAGACAGAGCAGCUUGCUUUGCAUGGGGGUAGUUGGGAGGCCAGACUGUCCACAAACAUCUUGCCACUGAGUAAAGAACCUGACAGAAAAGUGACUGCAGAGGCAAGGGAGCUGGGAGCGAGGAGGGGGCUGAGACUUUAAGGCCGUGGAGCACCUGGAUUUAGCGGUGCCAAUGCGUCCCUUCCAGAUGGAUUUCUGUCACAAUCUAGAGUCCUGACAAUGAUUGUUUUCAACACAAAAAGUUCUAGACUCUUGAUUACUUGCACAUGAGGGGGGAUAUUGGCACAAAAUAAAAAUCUGGGUCCACUCGUGCAGAGAAACCAUUCCACUUUGUCCCAGGGAAAGACUGUGUCCUGUAUCGACUUGCUCAUAGCUGGAGAGGGGAAGCCUACCCCAAGGAGCAAAAUUUUUUUAAACAUAUCUAUUAUUUUUAUUGUUUAAAUAAUACAUUUCCAUUGUAGAAAAAAGGAUAAUACAUAGAAGUUUUUAAAAAAAUUUUAAUGUAUUCAUCCUUCUAGAAUUUUUCCGUUCAUAUAGGAAUUUUUUAAAGCAAAAUUGUGAGGCCAACACUGUUUUGUGCCUGCUUUUUCCCCUUAGUGACAUACUGGGGAUCUCCUUUUUUGUCAGUACACAAAGGUCUGUCUCACAAAUUGUAAUGGCUCUGUGAUAUGAAAUUUAUUUAACCAGAGUUAGACAUUCCAGUUUUCUCUUCUAUAGAAAACAUAUUAUGAAAACAUCCUUGUUCAUAUGUCCUUGAACACUUAACUGAUUCUCUUUAUAAGGUUAAUUGCUAGAAGUGGAAUUGAUGGCUCAAAAAGUAAGCACCUUUUUUCAGAGUUUUGCCAAUUACUGCUAUAUUACCCUCUACAGAGGCUAGAGACUAGCCUCUAGACCUAUUUACAUGUACCAGCAAUAUAUACAAGUGUGCCUUGGUGUAGGUCUUGUUGGGAGAGUAAAGAGAGGAAGAAGUAAGAGACUGGGACCUGAAGUAUGUCUAAGGAUGUUGGAGUUGCAUGGACACUGUGCAGGAGUGUAUAAACAGGUAAAACCAUGUGUCCACAGUUGUAUGGGUUGUCUACUGCACAACUCUGGGGAGUACCAUUUGCUACCAAUACAGCAGACCUCUGAGUCUAGAAGAAGCCUGGGAAGUGGUGACUGAGUGACCACUUGUUUUAUCUUUCUUUUAAUCCCACUGGCCUAGGUAUCUCUUGACCUAUUCUGAUAGCUAGAGGCUGGAUAAGUGAAGAUUGUAUCUGUGAUACAAUCUAGAAGCUCUACCAGAAUCAGAGUUACAAUCCAGAAUCAGAGUUUUCUUCCUGAAAGCGUGCGGCAAGUUUUAGAUUAAGUAAAAUGUAAAACAAUUAAUAUUCAAUAACAUAGUAAUUAUAAAAUAAAUACUGGGCAUUUACUCAAUGGACUAUUAUGUCAACAUUAAAAAUAAUAAACAGAGCAUAGUAACAAGAUGGAGAUUGCCAUAGGAUAUUAGGUGAAGAAAGAAUAAAAUGUCUUAUAUGUAGAUUACUUAUAAUUAUGUUAAAAAUAUGGAUAUGUAGGGGCGCCUGGGUGGCUCAGUCGUUAAGCAUCUGCUUUCA